AUCUGUUUCCUUCAUCAAACUUCCCCCUCAAACAAUCCCAAACCCUACCCCAAUUCAAUUCUCAAGUACCAUUCCGUAGCUCAAUCUUGAUUUACGCCCGAAUCCCUUAUUCUUCUUUUCUCGCUCCGAUCAUCGGUAAGUCCUCGAAUUCGGAAUUCAUUUUCUUUACUCAACCUAUAUGCCUGUCUCAAGGCUAGGGUUUCAAGGGUUUUAUCCCUCAUUCUGAAAUUCUAGUAUUGGUUUAAUUUCUGGGUCAUUUUCCUUUUUAAAUAUUUGAUGUGAGAUGACAAGGGUUUCGAGUAAUUUUUUGUAUGGUACUAAAAAUCCCAAAUUUUGUGGGAUUUUUAAUGGGUUUUGCUUUAUUGUUUUACUCUUUUUGUUCUACAACCGGGUAGAUUUUAUAAGGGGUCCUCGUUUUAGGCAAUCAUCCUCUUUUAUUGAUUAUGAUGGGUAUGAGAGACCUGUUUUUGGUUAUAAAAUGAGUCAUGUAACUGUGAUCCGUCGAGGAGUAAGUGAAAUUGGCGAUAAUUCGACGAAUGUAGCUGAUGGGCGUGAUCAAGAGAGCAGUUUAAGUGUAAACGAUGCUGCCCUGUGUAGUGGAUUGCUUAAUCAUGUGGGAUAUGCGAAUGAAUGUGAGUACUUGAAGGCAAACCCACAAUGUUCAUCAGACGGAUUCUUUGAUUAUGUUAAGUUCUUUUAUUGUUCUUGUGGGGAAUUCAGAAUAUUGGGUUAUUUGGUGUUGGGUAUUUGGCUAGCUGCGUUGUUUUAUCUAUUGGGUAAUACAGCGGCUGAUUACUUCUGCUGUUCGUUGGAGAAACUUUCUGCUCUCUUGAAGCUUCCUCCAACUGUUGCUGGGGUGACACUUCUUCCAUUGGGGAAUGGAGCUCCAGACGUUUUUGCAAGUAUAGCUGCCUUUGUGGGAAUUGACACAGGGGAAGUGGGCUUGAAUAGUGUGCUUGGAGGUGCAGUGUUUGUUACUUGUGUUGUUGUUGGGAUCGUCUCCCUCAUUGUGGCAGAGAAGGAAGUUCAGAUUGAUAAAAGGUGCUUCAUUAGAGAUAUAUGUUUUUUCCUUUUCACUCUCAUGGCACUUUUGAUUAUAUUGAUAAUUGGUAAGGUGAGUGUUGGGGGUGCCAUCGCAUUUGUCUUGAUAUAUGUGAUUUAUGGGUUUUCUGUUGCCGCAAAUGAGAUUUUGAGGAAGCAAGCACAGAGGUUUAAAUUGGAUUCUGUAACGCCAUUGCUUCCUGUCCGAGGUAGUAUAUUUUCACAUGGUGGUGAAGAGGACAUUCCUUUACAUGUUUCUCUCCUUGACAUGGAUACUGGAGAUGAUCCACCCCAACUCCAUAGUUCUCUACCACAGUGGAUGUGGGCUUCAAAUGUGGCAAUAUACUCUAACCACUUCAUGAAGGUCAGCAUGGCUGAUGAAGAAAGGCCUCCAUUGGGCUGGACUGAAGAGGGCACAGAAACUGAUGAAUCGAAAUUCUCAUGUUCAAAAGUAAUUUCGUUAUUGGAGUUGCCAUUGACAGUGCCAAGACGGUUAACUGUUCCACUAGUUGGGGAAGCGAUGUGGUCAAAGCCGUAUGCUGUAGCAAGUGCUUCAUUGGCUCCUAUUCUCUUGGCAUUUCUGUGGAGUAGGGAUUCUCAGGGACAAGUGGCAGUAUAUUUCAUUGGAGUUGCAGUUGGUUGCUCUCUGGGUAUUCUUGCAUAUCGGCAUACUCAAUCUGAUCAUCCACCUAGAAAGUUUUUAAUUGCAUGGGUAUUAGGGGGAUUUUUUAUGAGUAUCGUCUGGUUUUACAUGAUUGCUAAUGAGCUUGUUGCUCUCCUGGUGACAUUUGGUCUGAUUUUUGGAAUCAGUCCAUCCAUUCUUGGAUUAACUGUAUUGGCAUGGGGCAAUUCAAUGGGAGAUCUGGUGUCAAAUAUUGCACUGGCAAUGAAUGGUGGAGAUAGUGUACAGAUUGCCUUGUCUGGAUGUUACGCUGGCCCCAUGUUCAACACACUUGUUGGUUUGGGUAUCUCAAUGCUGCUUGGAGCCUCGUCAAAGAGACCUGCUUCAUACAUGGUUCCGCAAGACAGCAGCCUGUUUUACACCAUGGCAUUUCUCAUGUCAGGACUAAUCUGGGCACUCAUAGUUUUGCCUCGAAAUGAAAUGCGUCCGAGCAAGGCAUUAGGAGUGGGCCUUAUAUCCCUCUAUUUGAUGUUUCUGUUUGUCCGGGUGAGCACUGCUAUGGGAUUUGUAUCAUUGUUUGGUUUAAGUUGAUUUUAUGUCUGGGGCUUGUUUACACCCUGUGAUGUAAGGAUCUUUAGAUCAAUUAGCUCAAUUAGCUCAAUCAUUUAUUAGCGACAUGAACAAGUCAGCUGCAGCGGCUUGGAAAUAGCUGCUUGUAUAUCCAGGCAUAAUGUAUACCUACUUGAGAAGGAGAAUCUGAUGUUAAACAUACUGCUGACCCCAAAUAAAUAGUGGAGAUAUCUGUUUUCACACGCGUUCUAUAAAUUCAGCUGCAGAUC